AUGAGUCGAUUUUUUGCAACUGGUACGGACUCCGAGUCCGAGAGUUCGUCUGAAGAGGAGCAGAUAGUUCGUGCUCCAGCGCCAGUAUAUACGUUUAGUGACGAUGAAGAAGAAACAAAACGUGUCGUGCGUUCUAUGAAAGAAAAGAGAUAUGAAGAGUUGGAAGCAAUAAUCCAUUCUCUCCGUAACCAUAAAAAAAUUAAAGAUUUUUCAUCUGCAUUAGCUUCUUUUGAAGAGCUACAAAGAGCUUACACUAGAGCUGCUCCUGUGGUUCAAAAGGAAGAAAAUGGAAUUGCACCUAGAUUCUUUAUUAGAGCGUUAAUUGAAUUAGAAGAUUGGGUGUCUGGAGCUUGGAAUGACCGAGAUGGAAGAAAAGCUCUGUCAAAGGGUAAUAGCAAAGCCCUAACAUCUUUGAGACAAAAGCUUCGAAAAUAUACAAAAGAUUUUGAAGCUGAAGUUUCUAAAUUUAGGGAGAAUCCUGAUUUACCUGAUGAAGAUGAUGAACGCAAAGAUACCUCAUCUUCUGAUGAGUCUGAUGAUGAAGACAAAGUAAAAGAGAAGCCACGAGUCGCUCAUUCGCCUGAACCGCCGCGCAGACCAAUACCACAAGAUGAUGACUCGUCUGAUUCCAUGGACUGGGGAUCUAGCUCUUCGGAUUCUAGCUCCAGCUCUGAUGACGAAAACCGAGGUGCGGCUACCCUUAGAGAGAAGUUCUUAAAACGUACCACUGAGAGGGAUGAAGAAGAAGAAAGAGAUAGGAGACGCGUGAGACGUGAAAGACGUGAGCGAAGUGGUAAAAUAAGCAAGAAAGAUCAGGCCGAUGAUGGAGGCGAGUGGGAAACUGUACGUAAAGGUGCAGCGACGUCCGACAAACCCAAAAUGUUUGCUAAGGAUAGUGACAUCGAUGCAGCGCUAGUUGUUAAGAAAUUGGGUGAAAUUAGUGCUGCGCGUGGACGUAAAAGAACUGAUCGUCGGGCACAGCUUGAACUUCUUCAUGAAUUGCGCACUGUCGCCCAGCAACACAAUCUUGGGGACGCUCUGCAACUAAAACUGCGUGCUGCCACCGUCGCAGCACUCUUUGAUUACAAUCCAAAGGUUUCUGAUGCUAUGAAGCCUGAGUAUUGGUCGAGACUUGUAGAAAACGUGGACCAGAUGGUCACUUUACUUCUCGCACAUGAAGAUAUGGUUCUUAGUGAAACUAUCACUGAAGAGAAUGAACAACUUGUGACGGCACCGUUUAAAGUACGUGGCUGUUUGCUCACAGCGUUGGAGCGACUCGACGAUGAGUUUACUAAACUCCUUAAAGAAUGUGACCCUCAUUCUAAUGAAUAUGUAGAAAGAUUAAAGGAUGAAGUGCGUGUUUCAGCAUUGAUUGAUCGUGUAUGUCAAGUGGUUGAGCGUGACGGUUCCCCUCAAGAAGUCUGUCGCGCUUAUCUCCGCAAGAUAGACCAUCUUUACUACAAGUUUGACCCACGCGCUAUUAAGAAAGACCUUCCGCCUGGAGAAGAGACAACAAUUAAGAAAAUGGAGCGUCUGUGCAAAUAUAUUUAUGCAAAUGACGAUACUGAUCGUUUGAGAACCAGAGCCAUUCUCUCUCAUAUAUACCAUCACGCUUUGCAUGAUAACUGGUUUCAAGCCCGAGAUCUACUUCUCAUGUCUCAUCUACAAGAAAAUGUUCAACAUUCCGAUCCCAGCACUCAGAUUUUGUAUAACCGUACCAUGGCCAAUUUGGGAUUGUGCGCAUUCCGUCGCGGAAAUGUGAAGGAAGCCCACGGUUGCUUGGCUGAGCUCAUGAUGACGGGGAAACCUAAAGAGUUACUUGCACAGGGUCUGCUGCCUCAGCGUCAACACGAGCGCUCAAAGGAACAGGAGAAGAUCGAGAAGCAACGUCAAAUGCCGUUCCACAUGCAUAUUAACUUGGAACUGCUCGAAUGUGUCUACUUGGUGUCUGCCAUGUUGAUCGAGAUCCCUUACAUGGCGGCUCAUGAGUUCGACGCACGUCGUCGUAUGAUCAGUAAGACGUUCUACCAAAAUUUGCGCGCAAGUGAAAGACAAGCGUUGGUGGGGCCACCGGAGUCGAUGCGGGAACACGCCGUAGCCGCCGCCAGAGCUAUGCGCCGCGGGGACUGGCGCGCCUGUCUUAACUUCAUUGUUAAUGAAAAAAUGAAUGCCAAGGUUUGGGACUUAAUGGUCGGCGCUGACAACGUACGCGCCAUGCUGGGACGCCUCAUUAGGGAGGAAUCGCUUCGCACUUAUCUAUUCACUUACGCCCACGUUUACGCAUCUCUGUCACUCCGUUCUUUGGCGGACAUGUUUGAGUUGCCAAGACAACGCGUUCACUCUCUUGUAUCUAAGAUGAUCAUCAAUGAAGAGCUUUUGGCAUCUUUAGACGACCCGAGUGAGUGCGCUAUUCUACACCGCUCAGAACCCACUAGGAUGCAAGCAUUGGCACUGCAACUUGCAGAUAAGGUGGGCAACUUGGUGGAUUCAAACGAGCGAAUAUUCGAGAAGCAAGGGUCUUUCUUCCAGCGGGGCGGCGCGCCGCGGGGGGAGGGGCGCCAGCGCGAGCGCCCGCGCGACGGCUGGGGGCGGCGCCAGCGCAACCGCCGCCGCGACGACGAGCGCGGACACGAGGAC